CUUUAAAUAUAACCGCAUCCCGCUUCCCCUCGCCGGGUUCGCUUCUUUCUUUCGGCGUACCGUACACCAAGGACUGAUUUCCCUAACUACUUCACUUCAGGAAAAUAUCCUAUCAUUUAGCAAGAUGACAGUCGACAACAACUCCCACCUGAGCACCGUGGCGACAGCGGACCAGAACCGCGAAAAGGACCCCAAGGUCGCCUUGAAGAUUAUAGCCCAGAUCAAAUCCUCACUGUUGAUGAACCCCGACAACAAAUGGGAAGACAUGCUAGGUGCUGCGCCUAUUGCAUUACAUAGUAUGGGCAUUUGUUUUGUCACGGCUUCCGCGCCGGAAGCCGCUUCCAUCAUGCUGGAUAUUGUAGCCGGAUCAAAGUUGAGAUACACCUCCCUGAGGGCCAACCUGGUGGAAGGAGGUGCGCUUGGAUGCAGAGCGUUCAUGGAGGCUCAAAGCGGGAUGGACUUAAUCGGACAGCUUUCAUCUGGUGUUUAUGAGACGGUCGAGGACGUCGUAGAGUGCCUCCAAACACCCGAGGAUGCUCGCACUUCCCUUCGUGUUCAAAUGGAGUCGCUCCGCGAUACCGCAGACGAAUGCUACCAGGAGGCUAAGAAGAUUGACGAUAAGUUCCUCGAGUGGCUUAACUUCAUGUCCGACUUCCACGCAGCCUGCGAGCAGAAGUCCACCAACACGGAACAUGAUCUCCAGGACACGAAGGUCAACUUGGCGGUCCAGGAAUCCAUCAAGGAUGAUCAGGAAGCACAGGUCAAAGAGAAUAAGAGGCUAGCCGAGAAGUACGAGAAGCACCUAGAUGAAAUGGAGAAGCAAUAUAAGAAAGCGGCGGAGGCCAUACCAUCUGGAUGGGAGGUUUUCGGCCAAGAAAUGAUUCGCAGUUUGAUCAAUACUGGCACUGGACUGCUAAACGGUAUGAUGGGCGCCCGAACCGGUGGAAUGAUGGGGGGAAUGGGUGGCAUGGGAAACACAAAUAACUCCAAUACUGGGGGUAUGAAAGGUGGUAAUCCAUUAAACCCCACCCAGCAAAUGAACAAUGCGAGUCAGUAUUAUAAUGUCUAUGCGGCUGUUCAUAAAGAUAUGCCUUUGUUCACAGCGCUUCAUACCGUCCUUACGGGCGGUCCGGAGGGGAGCGUUCAAUGGGAUGCGGAUGAGAAAAAUCCAAAUGCAGGGCCGGCGUUCUUGAAACAGAUGUUUGAGCACUCUUUGCAAGCAUUUGCAUCUGCUCAACCCGGAACUCCAGAUGCAACAUAUCAAGGUUACCUACAGACUGCCGUUAAGGUGGCGACUGAGCUAGAAGAUGAGAUCACACAGCGGCACCAGAUGAGCCAAACGUCCCUGCCCGCCGAUGAUCCCAAGGUGCAGCAAUGGAAGAGCGAGUACCAGGUAGCUUACGAUAAUGUUGCCCGCCUCAAAGCGACCGCCGAUUCCCAGCCAGGGGCUGCUGCAGGCCAGAUGACUCCAAUGGCCAACAUGAAUUAUAAUACCAACGGCCAAAGCCAGUCCGGAGGAGACAGUGCUUUAGCAGCUGCCCAGGCCCGUCUUGAAAGUGCCCAGUCAGCUAUGAGCAACGCUGAAUCGCUCUAUGACCAUAGUGUACAAGCGCUAGGUGAAAAGGAAACGGAGUUAUCAAAGACAAAAGCCCUCUUAACAAAACUGGCAAAUACCAAGUUAUCCUUGGAAGCGGUUAAGAAGAUCCUCCUCGAAAGCAUCCAGCUCAUUGCUGGGCUUCGCAUUCAAAUUCGCCAGCUUGUCUCCUUCUUUGACGCAUUGUCGAACAUGAUCAAAACGGCAGUAGAUCUUGGCGUCAAGAAAUUCCUCAAACUUGUCACAGCCGCCAUAACAGGUGGAGAGUCCUCCGAUCUCGACGGCCUCCAGAUCGGUGAUUUCACUCUGACUGAUCUGCACAGAUCGCAAAUCUUCAGCUCUGUGGUUUACAUUAGAGCUUAUUUCAGCGUCUUCGCUGAUAUUGCCAAAAUGUGGAACCAACUAUCGGUGAAAAGCAUCAUGCCAGGUUUAGACCUGUGCAACGACAUGAGCAAACUAUCUGACAGCAGCGGCAAUGAGCUUAUGCAGAAACAAAGCCAGCUAGAUGAUUGGAGUGAUGGCGCGCAGGCUAAUGUGAAGCAGAUUGCAGGUGAAACGCAAAGGAAGAUUCUAGCUGGAAUGGGAUCUCGAGUGCAGAAGAUAGAGGACGAUACAAAAUAUCUUCCUCCUUCGCCGGCAAAGAAGGCUAUAGAGGAAGGCGCAGAGACUGCAAAGACUGAUGGAAAGAAGGCUAUUGAUAACAGUACCAACCGGUUUAGCCUUGGGGGCGGGGAAGAUGAUGAAUAUUAGCCCAGCUACGCCAUACGCUUGAACUCUCUACCGCACGAUGGGUAGGAUAGCUUGGCUGAAGCAGAACAUAUAUUGAAUUCCUUAAAACUGCACGGUUCUCCAUGAGUUAGGCCUCGGUAAAAAAUGACUAAAUAUAUGAUUAGCAUCAUCGAUU